AUGUCACGGCACCAAAGUCAACUCCAUGCUGAAAUGGAGAUUGUUAAGAGCACCAGUGAUCUGACCCCAGAGCAGAGGAAGAUAGCGCUCCGAAAGGAAAUGUUUAGAGAGCUGAGGGAAAUGGAGAUGGAGCGCAGAAAAAGAGAAGAUCUGGAAGAGCUUCAGAGGCGGAGAAGAGAAAACGAGGAAAGAGAAAGAGAAGCUGAAAGACUGAAAAUGCAGAAAGAAAGAGCUGAGGAGGAGAGGAGGAUGCAAGAGGCCGAACAGAGAGCUGAGGAGGAGAAAAGGGCCAAUGAGCAAAUGGCCCUGGAGAUGCAACAUCUGUUUAAAGAGAGGCUUCAGUGCAACCAGGUGAUGGCGGUACAGAAGUACCUCGUCACAAGGCCCAGAUACACCAUCGGUGAUCUGGAGGAAGAGCAGCAGAGGAGGCGAAAAAACCGACUGUGA